AAGCCACUAAAUCUGAAAAGUUUGGCUUUUUUAUUUUCAAAUUCAUAAUUGUUUUAGCAUGGGAUUAUAAAGAUCUAAAAGCUCAGCAGCUAAUUGACUUUUUUAUAACUUCAUCAACCCUCCAAGUUUGGAAUUGGGCAUUUAGUAUACGGGUUUUGUCUCCAACACAUCAAUCAGUCUGGCAGGACCGUUCAAAUGCCCUGAUAGCAUCUCCGCGGUCUCGUUGUCGUGUUGCAGGAUCUUUAACCGUGGAAAACGUUGCAUUCUUGCACAAACUCAUCCAUUUUAAGGGCAUUCAUGAAGAAAACCUUGUCUUAAUUGUGGUGUCCUGAAAUAUUUCAUUAUCAUUUCUUAGAAUAGCUACGUAUUUAGUUCAAUUAACAAAAUUGAAACAGAAGAAAAUAAGUGUCACUGGAAACGGUGUCAAUGGGAUGGUGGCGCCCUAAUUAAUGGUCAUUCUAACCCACGCUUUGAGUUUCACGGGAGCUUGCUGUCGAAGAGAUAACGCGGCCAAAGCACUGCCAGUCUCCUCAGAGCCUGCAGGUACGAGGGUGACCAGUGCUGUUGUGGAAUGGAUUUAUCAGUGAAUAGUAUUUAGUUCUUAGUUAGAAAUAAUUAUGAGAUGCAUUCACUUUUGGAUGACUUUUAAUAUAUGUUUUUUUUCCUAUUUUUUCCCAGCAUUUAAUUAUGUAUUUUUGUUAUAUAUUAUGUUAGUAGUUAUUUUGAUCUAGAGACCUGUACAUAAUGGCCACAUCAAACGGUAACGGCGACAAGGUGUCCAAAUUUGAGACUUUAAAGCUCUUGGAGAAAUGCAGAAAAGAGAGGGAUGAUGCUUUGCACCGAGAGAGCGUUUUCCGGGAGAAACUGCGGCAGUUUGAGUCCAGGUCGCGUUCAACCGAGGCGCUCAAACAGAAGAUCAAGUCCCUGACGAAUGACAACAAGGAGCUGAGGAAACAGACGAAGUCUCUUCGGGCGGAGAUCGGACUCGAGGCCAGUCCCAAGUUUAGCGGGAAAACUACAAAGGACAUCAUCAAUGACUUCCAUGAAAAGGAACGCCAAUGCAAUUCUCUAAUUGAAAAGGCCGGGAAACUCAGUUUAACGAUAGAUGACUUAACAUCCGAGUUGGCGAACACAGUGACUUCUAAAACCCUAUUGGAAGAUCAAGUACAGUCGUUGCAACAAAACCUCAAGGACAUGACAAAUAAUCAGCGACGUUUGCUUAAAUUGUGGGAGGACAAAAAACCACAACGAGAGCAGCUGUCACUCCCGGCGAUUUCCCAGCGACCAGGGCCAGUGAUCAAUAAAGGCGUUCAGACCGAAAUGUCCAUUAAUCUGUCACAAAAGCUUCCAGUAAAUGCAUUUGAGACCAAGCCAUUUCGCAGAGAUAGCGAGAAAAGAUCAAUGUUGGAUAAACACAGCUUAGCUACUUUGACGCAUGGGAAUCCUCACGACAAAAAGGCGUUUGUGCAUGAUGAAAUUAAAGGGCUUCAGCACUGAUGACACCUGUUUGAGGCAUCAGUGACAAAACACUGUUCUACACAAAUAAACCCAAUACCGUUUAAAAGGAUUAUACAUUGAAAUUAUUGGACUUUUAAUUUGUUUAAGGGGACUCGUUUGUUUUGUUCUGUGAUGUGCAUCCCGGUG